ACUCACACCUCUAAACUAAGAAGAUGUUGGGUAAACUCUCUCAUGAGACCGUGAUCCAGGCGCCGGCCACCGUGGCAUGGCAGCUCUACGGAGGUCUUGAACUUGCACGACUUGUCGAAAACCGCUUCUCGAACCUUAUCCAAAAAAUUGAGGUGGUUGAAGGCGACGGAGGAGAAGGAACAGUUCUUAAUCUCAUUUUCCCACCAGGUGUAGGUCGUUUCUCAAGUUUUAAAGAGAAAUUCACAAGAAUAGAUAAUGAGAAUCGUAUAAAAGAGACAGAGAUUGUGGAAGGAGGGUUCUUGGAUAUCGGGUUUACUCUCUAUAGGGUUUGCUUGAAGAUCGUUGAAAAUGGUGAUGAUAGCUGCAUUGUUGAAUCCACAAUUGAAUAUGAAAUAAAGGAAGAAGCUGCUGCAAAUGCCUCACUUGUUAAUAUACAAUUUUUCAUAGACAUUGCUCAAACAGCAAACGACCAUCUACUUCACAACAAACAGCCUAAAGAUGCAUAGUUAAUGAAGUCCAUCGUCAUGUUUAGCCUGUUUUCCCCCCCAAUA